UUUCGUUUCGUCGUCUUUACCUUUGAUACAUCGAAAAUAAUCGAUGAGCAUAUGUUUGCAUGGAUCUUUUGAAUUUUCCGAUAUAUCAAUGUUGAUGAAACCGGACAUGAUCGUUUGAAUUUGAUUACAAUUCCAAAAAAUAAAACAGGUGACCUAUGGCAAAAUCAACUCGAUUGACUUGAUGAAUGUCAAAAUAGCCGAAUAAUAUAUCUCCAAUUCUCAAAGCCAAUUUAUUCGUCAUGACCGGUAAUUUUUUUCAUCUCCCUCAUUAUUCACAAUAUUCUUUUGUCCAAAUGAUCCAGGAUCCUUUCACCAACCACAGAGUAAUUCUGGUUCUUCUUUUUUUUGGUUUAUAUAGCACUAAUAACUACAGCAGUUGAAUUCUAACGGUUGACGGGUUUACUAUUCCUGCAUAUUAUAUGUGAUUUGUGAGCAUUAGCUGUGGCUGCUGCCUCUGUAUCUGUAUGUCUCGAAUGAAUCACUGUGUGUGUGUGUGUGUCUGUUUUCAUGACGAGCCAACCCAAAGAAAAGAAAUCGGUUCUACCAGUCAUUGAGCAAAAAAAGAUAGAAAUUGAGACUUUCUCACACACACAAACCAACCAAAUAAGUGAGAGAGUCAGAUAAAACAGUGAAUUGUUCAUUUUUAAAAGUUGCAUCAUAAUCAUCUAUUUCUGGUCCAUUCAUCUGAUGCUCAAAAUCAUCACUCAUUUUUUCCUAUUGGAUUGCAAUACCUUUUUACAAUCCACAUUUGACGAAACAAUAAACAACGACCUGCCACGUAGACGACGAGUAACCAACAGAUUUGUGUGUGGGCGUAUGUGAUUUAUUGAAUUUGUCGUCCCUUUUUGGAUCAUCAUCAUAUAGAGACGAGUAAUAAUGGCAUCGAAUAGUGCAAACAAUCCGGCUAAUAAUCAAUCACGUCGAUUAUCCGCAACCGGUGAUUCUUUGUACAUAAUAUUGGGCAUUGAAAAGACAUCUACACCCGAAGAGAUUAAACGUACUUAUCGUAAAUUGGCAUUGAAAUAUCAUCCGGAUAAAAAUCCCAACAAUCCGGAAGCUGUGGAAAAAUUCAAAGAUAUAAAUCGUGCCCAUUCAAUCCUGUCGGAUGAAAAUAAACGUAAAUUGUAUGACAAUUAUGGUUCAAUGGGUCUAUAUUUGGCCGAACAAUUGGGUGAAGAAAAUUUGGGAGCCUAUUAUCUACUAACAUCUGGAUGGUGUAAAGCAUUGAUACUUGGUUGUGGUAUCUUGACCGGCUGUUAUUUUUGUUGCUGUUGUUGUUGUUGUUGUUUCAAUUUCUGUUGUGGACGUUUCAAACCAAAACAUUCACCAGAUGAUUUCAAUUUUAAUCCGGAUGAUCUUAAAGAAGAAACAAAUGAUAAUAAUCAAGUAACUAAUGAACAAUCACCCUGGGGUGGUGUCACUGAAACGACCAAAUUGACAACUAAUAAUACAAUAAGCAGCUCACAACCAGUCACAAGUCAACCAGGUGUUGGACAUUCCGGAAAUUUAGCAUCAUCAGAUCCUUGGGAUGAUCAACGGCCAGUGAUUGCAAUGCCACCACCACCACCACCACCUACUGCAAGUGAAACGACAAAUCUAACCCAUACUUAUCAUUCCAAUUAUCAAUGAAAAAAGUCCAUCAGCUAUAAAAUAAUUACUGGAUUACUGGAAAUUGAAUAAAAAUAAAAAUAAAAUUUACCAUUAGAACACAAGACACGAAAGGCAAUUCUUUCAACACCAAUUAUGAAAUAUUGAUCAACAUCACACACACAACCCAUCACUAUCAUCAUCUUCAAUAAUCGUGUAUUGUGCACAUUGUCAUGUAAUAAUGAUUCAUUCUAUAGAUCAACGGUAUAGAAUGUCUGAGAAGCGAUAGGAAUCAUCUCCCAUGUUUGAAUUUUUUUCUUUUUUUCUUCAUGUAUCAAUUAUUAAUUGUCAUCAUCAAUAUAUCAUCAUUAUAUA